AGAUUUUAUGUUUGAAUCCCAUACGAUGCCUUUAAAUUUUCUUUAUUUAAUUAAGUACACGUCAGAUCACAUAUAGCCUACUUCUAUACAUACACACACAUUACAACAAUUCCUUCUCAUAAAAAACUCUCUUCAAAAUGGACCAAAACCUCUCAAACCAGAAAUGGCAGGCAAAAGUUUGCACUAGGCUAGAAAAGGCCGAGGCCGACCAAAUCUGGCCCUUCUUCCUCGACUUUUUCGGGCUCCACAAAUGGUUUCCGGGCCUCCCUGCUUGUCGCGGGGUCCACGGCGCCAAUGGGGAGCCCGGUUGCAUCCGCUACUGCUCGGGCUUCGGGCUCAAGCAGGCAGCGAAUGCUGACAGCGAGUCGGGCCCGAGCAGUUUGGUAAGUUGGUCUAAGGAGAGGCUGGUCGCUGUCGAUCAUGCCCAAAAAACAUUCACUUAUGAGAUAGUGGAUUGUAACAUAGGAUUCAAGUCCUAUGUUUCGACCAUUAAGGUUGUUCCCGGCGGCGGCGACGGCGACGGAGGCGGCGGAGGAUGCGCGGUGGAGUGGUGGAUCAGCCUUGAGCCGGUGGAGGGAUGCGAGUUGGAGGAUUUGGUGGUCAAGUAUGAAGUGGGGCUGCGGCUCAUGGUGAAGAAGAUGGAGGAUGCUAUUUUUGGAUCUUCAUGAUUAUUAAAUCACAACUUGUGUGUGUGUGUGUUUUUUUUAAUUAUUUUGUUGUGGUUUGAAUUUCGUGUUGGAAUUGUUUAUAUUUUAUGAAUGAAACCCUAAUUUGGUUGUGGUUUA